AUGAUUUCUACGGUCAAAAAGCACUGUGUUCUCGUCUCGGCCUUUAUCGCCUUCAUCUUCUUUAUCAUCACUCCGACACUUCCCCUCAUCAAGCGCGUGAGAACCAGCUUGGUUCCCUCAAGAGGGCAUGACGCAGGCGCUUUUCGAGCCCCAAAGCUGAACGUUUGGGCCGAUCUGAGCACGGAAGAAGCGGAGGACGUUGUCAAUUUCUUGUUCAAGAAAUCAGACCUCAAUUUGACCCGGUCAUCAUUGGCUACGAGCCAUGACAACCAAAUCUUCUUUGUGGAGGUACUCCAGCCUAAUAAAACGGACGUACUGGGUUAUUUGACUGGCAGCUCGGCUCCCCCGGAUCGAUGGGCACGAGUUGCAAUCGUGCAGAGUGCAACUGAAGAGGCUUUGAUUGUCAAUUUCAAAGUUGGCCCAUUACCAAUCAAUGAAGCUGCUGAAAUACUAUCUUUGGAGUUUUGCUACAGCUCUGGUCGGAAUUACGUAGCCAAUUCAAUAUCCAUUCAAGACGAGCUAGUGGCAUGGUCCCUGUCGAAACUGGUGGAAUUUUCCGAUAUCACGCAGGAGCUUUUAGGAGAUGAUGAGGACCCUUUCGAUCCAAAUGGUCUUUCGGUGGGAGGCAGGUUGUCUUCCGUCGAAAAUGGCACCGCAGUGGUUUGGGUGCACUUUGCACUGUCCAACCCAACCGGCGGUACUUCAACUUUGCUACCGCAAGGUCUUUACACUCAGAUAGAUGCAUCGACCAGGGACUCCUCGAAUUGGAAAAUCCUACAAUGGUACUAUAAUAACGUACUUUACGACACAGCAAAUGAUCUUCGAGAUGCGAUCAAUGCGCCUGGAUUCAAGAAAGCGGGAAGAAAUACUGACGGUCCUUGGACAGAGACAGUUGACUUUAGCGAAGGCCAUGCUGAUAGAAGCAAACCACCACCAACUAUGAUACAGCCCACAGGAGCGAGAUAUCACAUCGACGAAGAAGAAAACUACGUCUCAUGGAUGGGCUUUGAGUUCUUCAUGAGAACCUCAUCAGACGCUGGAGUUGCGCUGCACGACAUCAAGUUCCACGGAGAUAGCGUGAUCUAUGAGCUUGGCCUUCAAGAAGCACUCGCCCACUAUGCAGGCGACGAUCCAACACAGGGGGGCUUGGAAUUUAUGGAUACAUCCUUUUACAUGGGAAGGUUGAUGUUCGAGUUGGUCCCGGGUUACGACUGUCCGGCAUACGCGACGUAUUUAUCUACAAGCUAUCACUUCGCGGAGAAGACAGUGGUAAACCAGAACAGCAUUUGUGUCUUCGAACAUACGGCGGAUUACCCAAUACAACGCCACAGCUCCACUACUCGAGUCUCAGUUUCGAGGAACACCUACCUGGUCGUCAGAUUUGUCUCUACGGUUUGGAAUUACGAUUACACCUUCGACUAUAUAUUCUACCUAGACGGCACCAUUGAAGUGAAAGUUCGAGCCAGCGGGUUUAUCUUCGCCGCUUUCUGGACGGGAAAUGAAGCUAACGAAGACGAGUAUGGAUUUCGAGUUCACGACAGUUUGGCGAGUAGCAUGCAUGACCACGUCCUCAACUUUAAAGCUGACCUGGAUAUUGCUGGCGCCGAUAACACAAUGGUACGACUCGGCAUCGAACCAAUUACGUUGGAAUACCCGUGGGACGAUGACAGGAUAAAACCAAGAAAUACAAUGCACCUCGUGCAAAGGCCGGUCGAGAAAGAAACAGGACUUGACUGGGCCCGUAACUCGGGCGAGAUGUUGAUCGUCAUGAAUCAGAACAAGACAAAUGAGUGGGGGGAGAAGAGGGGCUAUCGGGUCCAGCCAGGCUCUGGGAUUGGAAGUCCAACCCACCUUACGAUUCUGAACUCCACAGCCUUGGGCAAGUCCGCAUUGUGGGCAUCUCGAGAUCUCUGGGUGCUGAAAAGAAAAGAUACUGAGCCCAGGAGUGCAAGUUCGCUGAACUUCCUUGAUCCCUGGGACCCUCUUGUGGAUUUUAGCAAAUUUGUUGACGAUGAAGACAUUGUGCAGGAGGAUUUGGUCAUUUUCUUCAAUCUCGGCAUGCACCAUGUUCCGCACUCGGGAGACAUCCCAAAUACCCUCAUGCACACUUCAUCUUCAUCAGUAAUGUUCACUCCAUUCAACUUCCACAACCGGGAUCCAAGCCGUCUCAAUUCACAAGGUGUGCAGCUAGAUGUGGAGGCUAAGGGAGCAAAACCAAGGUAUUUUGGGCAAACAUACCACGAGGGAGUGAAAUUGAAAAAAAGCGAUCUCGAACCAGACCUAACGAAGUUCGGGGGCUCUUCUGGGAAUGUAAGCUGGGUUUCAAAGCUUGUAGGACCUAUUCCAUGGGCUUGAACCUCGACGCAUAAUAAGUUCAUAAAAUACACGACAUCAAGCGCGGAUUAUCGAAUGUGCAGAGAAAUUCACACUUUGGGCUUGAGUAUUCUGCGUUUUGCUGAGAAAUACAGUGAGCUAGACUUUUUUUUGCACCUUUAAGCAAAAAUGAAGUGACUGUGAAUGGGUAUCUCUCAAACGCCAACUCACAGCAAGUACACAAUUUCUCUAUACCUUUGCGAGCCCUCGCAGAAGAGCAUCUACUCUAAAAAAGCC